AUGCAAUAUCAAUAUGUUUGCUCUCUCAAAGCUGUUACCACUGCAACAAAUAAGCUCGUUUUAGGUGAGAUAGCUAGAGACUACCUAAGAACGAAAGCUUCAACUAAACAAUACUUUGGCGAUUUAUCGGACAAAGCUCAUCUCUAUAAUGGUUUCCAGUUCGUUGGCUUAGAGAGGAACGACAAAGAUAUCUAUAAUAUGACUUCAAUCACGAGUAUGUAUGUUGAUGAGGUGAAGCCACGAUCGUGGCCUCCAGGUACCUAUGUUUGGGGUAAUAGUCCACCCGAGAAACCAUAUCGUAAAGUUAGCGAAGGCAAAAAACUCUUCGAGAAGUUUGUGGCAACUUUAAACGACGAAACUACAAUAGAAGAAAUCAUCGAACGACUUUUGAUGAUAGGAACGGAUGAAACGAAGUUUUUCCCAGAUCCACAAAUGGCUUUGCAAACUGGUCGACCGCCGGAGUGGUAUCAGCACUCAACUGCAAUUAUGACGAAAUUUCCGUUGGAAAUGAGACGAUAUGGCACUAGAUCUCAUAGCAUACUUGUGGUCGAUCGCGACGAUAACGCCACUUUCUAUGAAAAGAGAAUAGCCGCCCCUCCAAAAGCUGAACAUGAGUUAAAAUGGGUGGACAAGGUGAUAACUUUUAGAUUAGAACCGGUGAAUGGUGUUUAA